AUGAAAAAACCCUCGACUUUUAUGUCAUUUUUUCAAAUUCUUCUCUUUUCUUGUUUUUUUCUUCAACUCCCUCAAUCCUCUACUCAAACGAAUGAAAUAGUUCUUGAUGAUUUGGUGGAUGACAUGUGCAAAAAGACACCAAAUUUAAACCUAUGUAGCUCAACUAUACAUUCCAAUCCUCAAGCAGGCAAAAGUGACGCAAAUGGUAUAGCCGUCAUUAUGGUUAAUGACAUUCUACAAAGUGUCACUGAUACAUUGAGUUUUAUACAAGGUCUUGUGAAAGAAACCAAAGAUCCUGAAUUGCAAAGAAAGUAUGUUGUUUGUGCUGAGACAUACAAUCCAUUAGUGAAAACCAUUCUUCCACUAGCAGUUGAUUCUAUAAACAAAAAAAACUAUGGACUUGCCAUUUACUCUAUGGGUUAUGUUGGAAAGGAUAUUGAUUCUUGCAACAACCAAUUCUCAACUGGUUCACCUUUAGCUGAUAAGACUAGCAGUUUGCAUAAAUUGCUUGAUAUUGGUUCAGCCAUUCUAAAACAAUUAUAA